CCAGCCCUUCGGAUGCUGGCAGAGGCACUCAAGUUUGGUUCAUCCUUUCUGCUUGGAGACAUUGCCUGUUUCCCUUGCAAACUGAGAAGCAGAAGUCAGCACAUCCGUCCAGCAAGGGUGGGGUGGCCAGAUAGCCCAGUGCGCACACUGAAGGCUCACCUGAACAGAAGCCGAGGAUGCAGCCCUGGUGGGGCCUCUUCUACCUCACGUUCCUGUGUUUUCUGAUGCACAUCCGAGGUCAAGGUGACUUUGAUUUGGCCGAUGCUCUCGAGGACCCCGAGCCCACCAAGAAGUCGAGUUCAGAUAUCUACCCAAAGCUGACGCCUCCCUACCAGCCACAGCCUGGAAAUCCGGACAACAGUGGAAAUAUCUAUCCAAGGCCAAAGCCACUGCCACGUCCCCAGCCUGGCAAUUCUGACAAUGUUGCAGGGGGAGGACGCUACAGACCCAGCGACCAUGGGAGUAAUUAUGGUGGAGAUGGCCAUUCCUCAUACGGCAACCCACAAGGCAACAGGAUAGCAAAAAUCAUGUCUCCUAUCGUGUGCGGGGUGCUGGUGACCCUGGUGGGGGCAAUGGCCAGCUAUUUCCAGUACAACAGGAGGAAGAAUUGUUGCAGGACAAACGAACCAGAAAACAUCUGAGGCCCUCAAAAUCCACCCUUUGCUUUGAGAAAAGCUCCACCCAGACAAGAACCGCCUUCAUCACUCCUGUGCAAAGUUCCUUUCCUUCUUGGCUUAAGCAGCUGCCCUGAAGGGUUUUCUCUCCUGUUUGCAGUAGACGUGCUCCCUAACCAAGAAUUCCUAAUUCCUCAGACACAUCGAUCAUGAUAAGGUAGACAGCUGGACCUUGGGUUGUAAAAAGAUUGCUUGAUCUGUUGGUUCCAUCGUGAAUCUGGACAGAGAUUCCAGCUCUGGAAUGAGCUCGGAAACUACCUCCUGGUGUGACCUCAGGCCAUCGACGUGGUCACAGAGCACAGGGGCAGCAGAAUGGCACCAGGGUCUUGGGCGGGAAUGCCAUCAGCUUCUAAAAGAUGGAGACUGCUGUUUGGGUUUCCAACAGGCUCGGGUAAGAAGCUUGACUGAUGCUGUAAGUUCCUUAGUUAUGUCAGGAAUCCAGACCCGUUCAUCACCACCCGUGAAUCGGGAAUGAGUGAUUUCCAACCCUAACGGCAGAAUUUGAACAUUAUUUCAGCUCACAAAAGUAUUGUCACCUGCACAGGAUGAGGCUGCAUUGGGGAAAUUUAAGUGCAAAAUCGCUGAUGUGUUGUCUUGUGAUUCUAAUGACUUUUCUGUAAAGGGAGAAGAUGUGUAUAUAUAUUCUGUAAAAAUAGAAAUAUGUUUUACUUAAGGGGAGUUAAGCCUUAGAGCUGCGGAAAUUUCAUUUUUUUCCAAUAUAUUAUUCUUAGGUCUAUAGUCUUAAAAAUCUUUGAAACAACCUGCACAACAAUUUCAAAAUUCAGUAAACAAAAGAGGAAGUAUUGGAUAGUAGUUUUCACUAAAUUUACUAAUGAAAAUUUCCCAAAACAGAGGCGGUCCUCCAAUUCAUAUAUCCCCAAGAAUCUUGUAAAAUUAGAGUCUCCUGACACUGUGAAAGCCCAUAGUCAUUUUAUAUUAAUUAACUCAGUUAAACCGAGCUCCAUUUUGUUUAUUUUUACAAAUAAACAUUUUCUAUGACACAAAUGAACUUAACUAUGAAACAGAAAGAGACUCACAGACAUAGAGAACAGACU